GUCAGAGGCGGCGGGCUCCGGCGCCAGGCCUCUACCGCCCGCCGCCCGCCGGGGUGAAAUCCCGUGCGGGGGCGGGGCAGGCCCGGCCGCCCAGUUCCUGAUUCUACAAGCGGUGCCGGGGGCUGCCGGCGCCACAGGCGCGGGCACCGUAGGCGGCGAAGGAUGGGCCGGGGCGGCGCGGCGAGCCUGCCCCGAGGCCCCAGCCUGCGGCGGCCGCUCCUCCCCGGCGUGCUCCCCGUGCUGCUGCGCCUGCUACUGCUGGCGGCCCCGCCGGGCACAGGCGCCGGGGCCGGCCGGCCGCCGCACCUCGUUUUCGUGCUGGCGGACGACCUGGGCUGGAACGACGUGGGCUUCCACGGCUCGAACAUCCGCACGCCGCACCUGGACGCGCUGGCGGCCGGCGGGGUGCUCCUGGACAACUACUACACGCAGCCGCUGUGCACGCCUUCGCGGAGCCAGCUGCUCACCGGCCGCUACCAGAUCCACACAGGCUUACAACACCAAAUAAUCUGGCCCUGUCAGCCCAGCUGUGUCCCUCUGGAUGAAAAACUGCUGCCCCAGCUUCUAAAAGAAGCAGGCUACACUACCCAUAUGAUCGGAAAAUGGCACCUGGGAAUGUACCGGAAAGAAUGCCUUCCAACCCGCCGAGGAUUUGAUACUUACUUUGGAUAUCUCCUAGGUAGUGAAGAUUACUAUUCCCAUGAGCGCUGUACAUUAAUUGACGCUCUAAAUGUCACACGAUGUGCUCUUGAUUUUCGAGAUGGUGAAGAAGUUGCAACAGGAUAUAAAAAUAUGUAUUCAACAAACAUAUUUACCGAAAGAGCUACAGCCCUCAUAACUAACCACCCACCAGAGAAGCCUCUGUUUCUCUACCUUGCUCUUCAGUCUGUCCACGAGCCCCUUCAGGUCCCCGAGGAAUACCUGAAACCAUACAACUUUAUCCAAGAUAAGAAUAGGCACUACUAUGCAGGAAUGGUGUCUCUUAUGGAUGAAGCAGUGGGAAAUGUCACGGCAGCCUUAAAAAGCCACGGGCUCUGGAACAACACAGUGUUCAUCUUCUCCACAGAUAAUGGAGGACAGACUCUGGCAGGGGGCAAUAACUGGCCCCUUCGAGGAAGAAAAUGGAGCCUGUGGGAAGGAGGCAUUCGAGGGGUGGGCUUUGUGGCAAGCCCCUUGCUGAAACAGAAGGGUUUGAAGAACCGGGAGCUCAUCCACAUUUCUGACUGGCUGCCGACACUCGUGAAGCUGGCCCAGGGAAGCACAAAUGGCACCAAGCCUCUGGACGGCUUCGAUGUGUGGAAAACCAUCAGUGAAGGAAGCCCGUCCCCCAGAAUGGAGCUGCUGCAUAAUAUCGACCCAAACUUUGUGGAUAUUUCACCGUCUUUGCCAUAGGAUCUCAGAGGCUCCUGCUCACUGGGAACGUCAUGUUGUUGUUGCUCUCUUCUCACCUGAGAGCUCCAGAGCCUUCUUCCAGGAAACCCGAGGUCAGAUAAGCCACCGCAUCAUCUGAUGGAGCUGGCCAGGUGCUGCCCAGCACCUGCUGCGUCUCACAGGUGUGACUUCCCUAGCAAUCCUGAAAGUCAUUUGGCUUGAUUUUGUCUCCUGCCUAAGUGGAGCCAUAGGUAGCCCCAUUAAUUCCUCAGGGAAAGAGGCCGUUUGUGCUCUUAGAUCACCACAGGUUUCAUAGUCCUGUGUAAAUACCAUGCUAGUGGCCCUAUGAACCCUAGCCUAAUGGGUUUGGGUCUGGAAAAGCCUUAGCUCUUAGGCCCUUUGUCCAGCCUCCAUCAUCAAGCCUCUUCUUGAGACUCCACAAAACAGUGCUCUUCCAUUCCAUUCAUUCCCUUGGGUGCUGACAUCCAUCUGUUCUAGACAUACUGCCACCCUUCCAUUCAUUCAUUCCAUUGUUCAGGCUUUCCUUACUUCCUUGUCCUCUCCAGUCUGUGCCAUAACCUGCCCCAGGAUUUCCCUGCUCAGACAACAAGCCCACAGUGGUUGUGUGUCUGCAGGCUCUUAAGGCCCCGCUCACCCCACCAGCUGCCUCCAGCCCAGUCCUCGCCCUGCUCGACACUUGCCUUUUCCAAGCAUGAUUGUCAUGUUUUGUCUUGAAUAUGCUUUUCUCUGUGGCUGAAACACCUUUCCCUGCCCUUCCACAAUUUUUCCUCAUCCCUUAAAACUCAACACAAAUGUCUCAUAUAUGUGAAUGCUUCUUGGAACCCCAGAAAGUCCUUCCUCAGCAUCCUUUUGUAUGUAUCUGUGGGUAGAGCCUUCAGCAAAUUCUCUUGUAUGUGCCUUCAUAUUCCCCCAAGGUGAGAGCUCCUGGAAGUCAGGAUCUAGGUCUUAUUUAUCUUUUCAUCCUCAUAAGUUAACACGAAUACCCAGCACUGGGCAGGCUCUCAGUGAUGAUUACUUGAUGACUAACGGAAGAGUGCUGGGAUAGAAUUAGGACCAAAGUGGAAAGGGAAGGGCCUGAGGGAGGUCGAGAUGGCUAUAGUAUGGAGAAAUUGCUAUUUCUAUUGUAGUAACUUAAGUCCGCGAGAGAGGCAAGGGUGGUUAUGGGUCUGUAUGGUAGCCACCAGCUAUAUGUGGCUUUCAAACCCCUGAAAUGUAGCUAACUGUGAAUUGAGAUGUGCUGCAAGUAUAAAGCACACAGCGGAUUUUGGAGACUUAGUAUGAGAAAUGUGAAACAUAUCAUAACAUAUUUACUCGUUGAAAUGGCAAUAUUUUAGAUAUGUUGAAUUAAAUUUAUUAUUAAUUUCACCUGUUUCCUUUUCCUUUUCUAUGUGGUUAACAGAUAAUUUAAAAUUACAUGUGAAUUUGCACUGUACUUCUGUUAGUCUAGAAGGAUUGUUCUAGCAGGUGCCAGGAAGUGAUUGGAUCAGCUGUGUAGGAAGAGCACAGACCCGUGACUACUUACGGUGCCCACGACAUCCAUGGUUUCUAACCUUUUCUCUGCCCCAACAUACCAAAGGGGUGUGACACAUUCUAGUCUAGAGCAGUGAUUCUUAACCAGUGAUGUCAGAAUCUCUGGGGGUGGCCAGAACAGAAGAGGGGAGGCAGGAAGGGUUCUUAAAACUUCUAGGUAGUUUAAUGCACCGCAAAACCCAGUGUGACAUCCAAGGAUGUGCUGAAGAUGCUGCACACAUUGUAAUGGUUGUCAGCUGUCCUUACUAAGUUCCAUCUACAAAUGAAAAGGCGCCCCCACUCACCAAGCUGAAUUGUUCUUAGCAUCAGAAAUGGGGGAGUGCGCCUGGGUGCUCAGUUGUUUAGGUGUCUGAAUCUUGGUUUGGGCUCAGGUCAUGGUCUCAGGGUCAUGAGAUUGAGCCCUAUGCUGGGCUCCACGCUGGGCAUGGAGUCUGCUUAAGAUUCUCUCUCUCCUUCUGCCCCUCCGCCCCCCACUUGCGUGCGCGUGCUCUUUCUCUGGGAGGGAGGGAAGGAGGGAGGGAAGCUUAAGUUCUGUAUUUCCGUGUAACCCGGCCACAGCCCUGCUGGCUGCCUGCCGUGGUUUUUGCUACCUUUCCCACAGUGCCCCAGCUCAAUCCCAGCACAGGCACAAGGUUUCUCCGGUAUAAAAGUUAAGGAGGGCAUGGAAAUCAGAAUAGAAAAUCAUUUUAAUUUUGCCACCCAUAGUUUAUAAGGCCUUAAGCAAGUCCCUCCACUUUUCUUUGCCUCAGUUUCCCACAUGUUGAAUGACGGACUGACGAUGACCCUUUACUGCUGUCCCAAAUUCAGGGACAUUUUCUGGCCUUCUGCUGCCCCCACCCUCUCCUUGAGGCCCACUCCUGGCCUCCCUGUUGGCCUUCCCUGCCAACCAGGGACUCCUGCUCUGACUCCUGCUUGUAACGAGGGACAUUCUCCACUGUUGGCAUCAACAUAGAACCACAUUCACUGUUGGUUCACAGAAACAGGGCAUUCAUUCUGUCUCUGCCUACAAGUAGCAAAGUGCCCCUGCUCCUCACAUACAUGCAACACCUUGGGCUUUUCUCCCUAGUUUAGUUUUUAUAUUCAUUUCAAUCCACUGUGCAGCAGAAGCUAAAAAAAAAGGAGAGCUAUCUUUGGGGACCCACUCCUUCACCAGAGGAUGAUACCAGCUCAUUUCCUUUUCUAUGCAGUUAAUUGGGGGGGGCGGUAAAUCUAACUCUAAGAAAAUAUGUAUUUAUAGGACAACAACCAAGUCUGUGAAGAUUGAAUUAAAUGAUGUCUCAGGUCCCUCCCAGCUUUAAUAUUCUGUGGGUCUCUGUAGAAAUAGGAUCUCAAAGGAGCAAAGCUGCUGACUCAGUUUCUCUCCUUUUCCACCCUGUGCACAUUACUAAGCAGUGUUGUAGCCAAAGGCAUGGUUGUACAUAGAUAAAUACAAGUGAAAAUGUUAGAAACAUUAUAAGUGCUAGAGUAAUUUGAAUUGUAGGAUUUUAUUAUUACUACAUCCUGCCCACUUUUCUGAUGCCUGGUCUAAAACAUCACUGCAUCAAUCCACUUUUCCGUCUGCCCUCUCCCCUUUAGUGGGUUUUGUUGGGGGUUGUGGACCAGUGUCUCCUCCUAUCAUGAAUCAGAGGAGCAGGCAUUAGACAUUUCCCAGGGGAGCCCUGCCUUCUAAGUACUACCACAUCCCCUCAGAAGCUGACCUUUUGGGGUUUAACAGUUCUACGCUCUCCCUCUUAUUCUUAGAGUACAGGGCGCCCCCAGAGGCCCUUCCUACUGGUAGAGUUGGGGCUUUUUUCAUGGCCGCAUACUCUUGGUACAUUGUGUGUUGGGUAUGAAUAAUAAAGAUAUUCCCAGAAGACUGGGACAGACACAGGCACACACCAGAGGUCAUAGGGUUUCCCAUAGACCAGGAGAUUAUGCAGUAAAGGAUGAACGGUCUCAAAUAACCACAGAUCACACCCAUUAGAAUGGCUGCUAUGAAAAGGAAAGAAAGGAAGAAAGAAAAAAGGAAGGAAAAUAAGAAGUGUUGGUGAGGACAUAGAGAAAUGGGAACAUGUAGGCAUGUUGGUGGGAAUGUAAAAUGGGAAUGCGCUGUUGGUGGGACAAAGGGGUGCAUGAUACACCAUAGAUGAACCUUGAGAACGUUUGUGGAAUAAGCCAGUCACAAAAAGACAAAUACUGCAUGAUUCCACUUAAACGCGGUACCUCGUAUAGUCAAAAUUAUGGAGACAGAAAGUAGAAUGGGGGCUGCCAGAGGCUGGAGGGGGCGAGACGGGGAAUUCGUGUUUAAUGGGUGUUGUUUCAGUUUUACAAGACGAAAAGAGUUCUGUGGGGGGAUGUGGUGAAGGUUGCACAACUAUGUGAAUGUACUUGGUGCCACUGAACUGUACAUUUAAAAACAGUUAAAAUGGUAAAUUUUAUUUUUUUUACCACAAUUCAAAAUAAAUAAAUGUAAAAUGUAAAACCAAAGAAAAGCAUAGAAAUUCAUGAGGCCGGGGUCUGUAUCUUUUUCAUUUACUGCCGUAUCCCCAGUGCAUAGCACAGAGCCUGCCGUCCUAGUCAUUUCUCGGCAAAUACUUGUUAAUGACUAAUAAUAGAUCAUCGGGUUAAAGUCAUUGUCUUACUGUCUCUUAGCCUUUCCUGAACCUAAAGGACCUCCUGAAAGGCAAUUCACACCCACCUUUUAAUCCAUGAACUUGCAUCUUACAUUUUGUUCUUACAUAAAAAUAAUUUAAUUAAGGGCGCCUGGGUGGCUCAGAUGGUUAAGCAUCUGCCUUCGGCUCAGGUCAUGAUCCUGGGGUCCUGGGAUCGAGUCCCACAUCGGGCUCCCUGCUAGGCGGGGAGCCUGCUUCUCUCCCUCUGCCUCUGCCUCUCUCUCUCUCUCUCUCUCUCUCUCUCUGACUUUCAUGAAUAAAAAAAAUUUUUUUUAAUUAAAAUUAGUAAGUGGCUAGUGACCAUUAACAUUAUCAUAUACAGAUGCUGGAAACUACUUAUCCAGUUUAUAAAUGCCCACCCUCAGUCUUGCCUGCAUUGAAAAUAUCAGCCAGAAGAGAGGAUGUGGGAUUUCUCUAGAUCUCCGUGAGAGACAAACAUAUAUACUUAUAAAGCCCCUGCCUGUGUGCUCGGCUCAGCCUGACUUCCCCUCAGAGUCCAGGGCCCUGCUCCUUCUUGCUCUUCUCUCUCUUUGUGCUCCCCUUCUUGGCAAGUUCCCUUGUAUUGUUUCAUUGCUCAAUGUCCUCUCUGUGCCCCAAAUCUGGCUCUGCUUUUAUCUCCACCCCACCCCUCACCCCUCACCCCUCACCCCCGUGGCCAGUGUCAAAUGUGUGGGCUGUAAUUGCUUUCCUGUGUGCUUUGAGGAAACUUUUUAUUCAUCUUUAAAGGCUUUGUUCUGAGGUAACCUUGGACAGACAUGUUUUGGUCUCCGUUCAGAUAGUACCGUUUUCCCUUCCCUCCUUCCUUUUAAGAAUAGAUCCUAAGAAUUAUUUAUUCCCCUUUGUCUUUCAAAUAUUUCUUUCUAGGGGCGCCUGGGUGGCUCAGUCAGUUAAGCAUCUGCCUUCUGCCUUCGGCUCAGGUCAUGAUCUCAGGGUCCUGGGAUCGAGCCCUGCAUCGGGCUCUCUGCUCAGCGGGAAGUCUCCUUCUCCCUCUGCCUCUUCCCCUUCCCCCCUACUCAUGCUCUCUCUCUCUCUGUGUGUCUCUCUCUCAAAUAAAUAAAAUCUUUAAAAAUGAAUAAAUAGAAUAUUUCUUUCUAGCAGGCUGACCUAGACUCAGUGUCCUUCUCGAGCAGUCCAAGGUAGUCAGAGGAGGAGGCCUGUGAGAGCCUGAGGGACAGGGAUGAUGCUGUUUAAGCUCAUUCAUGGGAUGCCUGGAACUCUCUAAAGUUGUAGGGAGCAGCCGAGAUUCCAAGUCAGGCCCUGAGAUCUGCAGGUGUGAGCCCAGCUCGACGUGCUUCUGAGGAGCACCAGCUCCAAAUUCCCUCAGGUUCCAGCCAGCAUGCCUCAGACCAUGAGGAGAAAUAAUUUCAAAAGAGUUAGUUUGCCUUAGAGAAAAUAUAUACACCCAUCCCACAGGCACCAGGCUUGACAUGCACUGUUCUGAAGUAAUGAGCCUGCACCAUCUGAGACCACCACUCACCUCGGAAGUCAGACAUGACAUUCUGUGUAUCGUUAGAAUUCUCAGGUACAUCUGGUGUGCAAUGUAUUCAUAUACACCUGACACACGUGCGUGCAUACACAGCACUCAGAUUCUUCUGGUAGGAGCUUGAUCAUAGAUGAAGGGCACUGACAGAUGUUAGCAUUUUCCACACCACCAAAGGCCAAGUCUUCGAAGUGAUUGUGUACAGCUCUGUUACUAUUUCAUUUUAAAAAGGCCUCCUUUCUUUAAAGGUUAUAAUGAGAUGUUAUUUUGCUCUUGAUUACAGAGUGAAAGAAGAGUCUUUCCCUCCCUCUCGCUCACACACUCAUUUUCUGUGGUAAAAUUGCCAGUUCUGUACACGAGAUCUGAGAGCUGUCCAGGUUUGCAUGCUUGGAGUGGCUCCCUGUUUCCUCUCUGGAGCAACAUUCAGUCUGUUUCUGAGAUGAUUUAUUCAGCAGGUACGACAAGCUAGGUACUGGUGUAGGUCCUGGAGAUCAGUUAGAGUUUAAGUUUUGUUAGAAGCUGGUCUGGAAGAGGCCACUUCCCUGCUUGCCGGCUCUCCGUGGUCCCCAGCUGCCCACAGCCGUGUGCGGACGCCUGAGCCUGUCAGCUACGACCUCCGUCAUUCAGCUUACAUGACCCCUCAGCACUGUUGCAGUGCCCACCUUUAGCCACCAUCAUCUUCCUGUGCUUUUCUGACACUUCUCUAGGGACCUGUUCACAUCCCCCCUCCUCCAUGAAGCUCUGCUUGGCCCCUCCAGUCUGAAGUCUCUUGAGCUUCUCUGUAGCGCCCUAUGACACUGAGCUCUUGCUACCUCAUACACAGUUGUUUAUAGUCAUGUGUUUUCCCCAUCCAGAGCUGUCAGUUCCAAGGAGGGCGAGAUUUCAUCUAUAACUUUCUCAAUCCCCCCCCUCCUUUGUUUAGAGGGGGGAGGAGGGAGAGAGAGGAGGGGCAGAGGGAGAGGGAGAGAGAGAAUCUCAAGCACGCUCCAUGCCCUGCGUGGAGCCCGAUGCGGUUGCGGCUCAAUCUCACAACCCUGAGACCAUGACCUGAGGGGAAAUCAAGAGUCGGAUGCUUAACCGACUGAGCCGCCCAGGUGCUCCUCUCAAUCCCUUUUGUUGCAGAGUUUGUACACACUGAAAGAAUGCAUGCUAAUAAAUUAAUCAUUGAAGUUGGCUAUCAACCACUCAUUUAAUUAGAAUAAAUCUAGCAAGAGCAAUAAUAUCAUACUUUAUUUUCAAAGCACUUUCAUUUCUUUCUGGGCAUAUUUGUGAGGUAGCAAUCAAGAAGCAACCUUCUAUCCUUCAGCCUAAAAUUCAAUAUUGAGCAGAAUAAGAAAAGUUAGAGGGGAUGCAUGAAGCCCACCACGUCGCAAUGAGGAGAUUGCUCACCAUUGCAUGGAACACCAGAAAUUAGAAGUCAUUCAGUUUGUCCACCCUCUUUAUAAGCAGGAAGGAGAAACUGAGGCAUUGGUCACACACAGCUAAUAAAUACCAGACCCAGAAUUCAGGGCUUUCCAGGUUCAGGCCUCACACAAAAGUCACGUCCUCCUAAUUUAAGGUGUCUCUUUGUUUUCUGUUCUGGAUGGGAUUUGAGCUAAAGGGAUGCCCAGAUCUGUGUUACAGUCAUUCACUCAAAUGUCACCGGAGCAUUACAUACUUAAAUGUGGCUGGAAAAAUGGGUCUAGCCGUGACACUAGCUUGCACUUUCAUGCACAAUGUGACUGUGUGGAUGGCAGCAGCUUGUGUGUGUAAAGCUAGUUAUGCAAGUCCUACAGUGCCCUGUAGUAAUUACACUGCAGGAUGGUGGUGGGAUGAGAGAAAGGGUGUGGGGACAGGGGGUGUAGCCUAAUGGAACAUGCAGAAUUCCGGGGUGUCCAAAAGUCUGGGUUUGAAUUCCAGUUUUGACUUAUUUCCUGUAAGCUUGUGGAUAAGUUCUCUGAGUUAUCCAUUUCCUUGCCUAUAAAUUAAGGACAAUUAUAUCUGUGUCUUGUAAAUAUGUCCCAACAAGAGUUCAUAGCGAUUAUGUUCUGGCUGCUGGGAUUGGGAAGGGGGCUGUCUGCACUUUUUGUUUCAUGUAUUUCUCCAGUUUUAAGUUUUAGUAACGAGCACAUCUAACUUCCAUAAUUAGGAAUGAAGCCAUAAAGAUUUACUUUUGAAAACCAGCCCGGGGAUGCCUGGGCAGCUCAGUCAGUUAAGCAUCUGCCUUUGGCUCAGGUCAUGAUCCCGGGGUCCUGGGAUCGAGUCCCGAAUCAGGCUCCCUGCUCAGCGGGGAGUCUUCUUCUCCUUCUCCCUCUGCCUGCCCCCCCCCCCACUUGUGCACGCUCUCUCUCACAAAUAAAUAAAAUCUUAACAAACAAACAAACAGCAAACCAGCCUGGAGGGUUCUUGUGAGACUGGCCUAUCUGGAAAGCUCCUGAGUCUCCAGUGAGUGGGAGUUGGGGCCGCACUGGUGUCUUUGCCCCCACGCCCACCUGUGCUGUGGCCGCGAAGCUAGAGUGUGAGCAUCCUCCUCCACCGUCAGACCCUGACGGCCUCCGCUGGCAUUCUUUGUCCUCAUAGAAUAUAGGAGCCCAUUUUGCAGCUUGUCACGAAGUGAGCAGAGUUUUGUCUGCAGGUGUUCUCUACCUGCUAAUAUUUGUCUUUAGCCGCUCAUCAAAUGUUCCUUGGUGUAGGUCGGUACAUGCCCUUGGUCGCAGAGCCUAAACUCAGGUGACUUUGCCCCUUUUUAAUUUUCAAGGGCUUUUCUUCUGCCUCCUUCACUUUGGCGAGCACUGAAGUGUGUUUGGAAAUGUGGCCUUUUUGAUGCCAAAGGCAGUCCCACAAGCCGCACGUCCCAUCCGCCCCACUUCACACAGUGCAUCUUAGGUAACAUACCUCAAACCUUCGCUGUUAGCACUUAGUGCUGGGGUGCUGGCUUUCAUCCUGAGAAAAUAAACAAACCACACCAAACGCACAGCCCUUUAAAAACACGAAUUAAUCCUCACCACAGGCCUGGGCUACACAGAAAUGGCAAAUCCCACUGCCCCAAUUUUAUGUUUGGAGAAAUCAGAGUCAGCAACUUUUUUAAGGCUUCCCAGAGCCAGAUAACAGAAGCGGACUUGAAGGGCUGGGGCUGGCCCUGCCUCUGGGGAGAAGGGCACGUGGCCAGGGCCAGCUGCCUCCCUGCAUUCCCUUCUCCAUAACACCAUGUGCUCACUUGCCCAGAACCCUAUUUACACAUCAGCUUUUAUUUUUCUCCCCCAGGGUUACGAUGAGGCCAAAUCCUCUUGUUUCCAGCUGACCACUUAUUUAUUUGCUUACCUUUCUUUAAUUCUGGUACAGCCUAGAAAUUUUAGCCAUGGCUUCCAAGAGUAGCCUGGUAAUUCUAGUUGAUUCAGAGGUCUAUGCCGAUUCUGACACUCAACACAGAAUAGACUAUACCCUCCACAUAGUCCCUCCUCCACCACAGAGCCUGCUCAGUACCCAGGUCUGUUCAAGAUUCGAGGGUAUCCAGACUCCCUUUUUUCUCUCCCCUCCCAGACCAGACAUCUUUCUACCUCAGUUCCCCAGUCUUACAAUCUAUAAGGAUAAAUCCAUAUGCCUUUCUUGAAAUAGUCAACCAUAAAAAUUUGGAAAAACAUAAAACCUCGCUAAAUUUUGUGGGACAUAUCCAAUGGAAUAAAAGUGUAGUAAGUCCCCUUUCUAAAUAUUUACUAAUCUGGCCAGAUCUUUUUAGGGGCUUGAGGGUGCAUCUGUAUAAGGCUGAAAUAAAACUUUUAAAAACACUUUUGAGAAGAAGGCUGAGUCCAUGGUCGCCCGUAAGUAAUCCAUAAUGUAAGAUGUUAGUAAUCAGGCAUUUAUAGACUGAAGUCUCUUACCUCUGGCAGCAAAUACCUAGGGAAUGAAUACAUGGCCUCUCUUCUGAAGAGCCUUUUGAAUGAGAGGAAAACUGUGUGCCCAGGAAGCGAUAUUAACACAGUAAUAAAAUAAGUAGCAACAAAUGAUAAGUGAUGUAAAUUGAUUACAUAAGCGCUAAGGAGAAAUAAAGAAAUAAUGAGAGGCAUUUGGGGGCGAUUAGGAUAGAUUGCCUCAAAAAGUAUAGUCUUAAAUGUGUCCAUUAUUUUCAUAACUUUGGUUUUAUCUUUCUUGAUUUAAAUGCGAAUGAAGGAAAAUAGUAUUUAACACUGUAUUAAUUUGCUAUCGCUGCUGGAACAAAUUACCAUAAACGUAAUGACUUAAAACCACACAAAUUCAUGUUACAGUUCUGUAGGUUAAAAGUCUGACAUGGAUCUCACUGAACAGAAAUCCAGGAUGUUGGCAGGACUGUAUUCCUUUCUGGAGGCUCUAGGGGAGAAUCCAUAUCCUUGCCUUUUCCAGCCUGGGGAGGCUGCCCCCCCUUGCUUGGCCUGUGUCCUCUUCCUCCAUCUUCAAAGCCAGCGAUGGAGAGUUGAGUCCUUAUAGCACAUCACUCCAACCUUACUUCUGUCCUCAUACCUCUUCUGAGCUCUUCCACUUUUUAAGGCCCCUUGUGAUUACAUUAGGCCCACCUGGGUAAUCCAGGCUAAUCUCCCUCUUUGAAGGUCAAGCUGAUUGGCAACCUUAACUCCAUCUGCAGUCUUAAUUCCCCUUUGCCCUAUAACCUAACAUAUUCACAGGCUCUGGGGGUUAGGACAUGGACAUCUUUGGGGCCAUUAUUUUGUGUACCACAGACACCUACUCUGUUGCACUAGACUUUAUGAAAAAUAACAAAAAAUAGUUCAUAAUCUAGUUGGAGAGAAGAACAAAAACAUACAAAAAGUUAAAAGAAAAUCAAGUAACAGUUCAAGGCCACAGUGGUAGAGAUUUGCAAGCUGUACUUGAUUACUUGUCAGAUUAAUUGCCAUGGAGUCUGGUAGACAGAGAGCUGCUAUUUGAGUGGAGGGCUCAGUCACACAGGCUGGUUCAUGAAGGGAAGGAAGCCUUGCGUGGAACCCUGAAUGCAGAGCUCCUGGGGUGGAAAAGGCAAUCCUGGGACACACAAGCACAUGAGCAAAAGCGUGUAUGUGUAAGCCUGUUGAAACAAAGGGAAAGGGGCACCUGGGUGGCUCAGUCGUUAAGCGUCUGCCUUCAGCUCAUGUCAUGAUCCCAGGGUCCUGGGAUCAAGUCCCAUGUCAGGCUCCCUGCUCAACGGGGAGUCUGCUUCUCCCUCUCCCACUCCCCCUGCUUGUGUUCCCUCUCUCUGUGUGUCU